GCGACCCCCGUGACACAGGCAUCCCUCCCGUCCUUCGUUCCAAUGGGCUCGGGCUGUGAACUCAGCAUGAGUCAGUGGAAGCAGGUGCAGCAGCUGGAGAUGAAGUUCCUGGAGCAGGUGGACCACUUCUACGAUGACAACUUUCCCAUGGAGGUGCGUCAGUUCCUGGCCGAGUGGAUCGAGGCCCAGGAGUGGGAUGUUGCCUGCAACCACGAGGCCAUGUCCACCAUCCUCUUCCAAAACCUGCUGGCUCAGCUGGAGGACCAGUAUGUCCAGGAGAAGAACUUCCUGCAGAGACACAACCUGAAACGCAUCAAGCAGCAGCUGCAGGUGAAGUACAAGACCAACCCGCUGCACAUGGCCACCGUCAUCUCCAGCUGCCUGAGGGAGGAGAGGAGGAUCAUCGCUGCUGCCAGCAUGGUGGAGCAGGGUCCGCUGGAGAAGUCCAUGCAGAACUCCGUGGUAUUUGAGCGGCAGAGGAAUCUGGAGAACCGGGUGGUGGUGGUCCGCAGGAGCGUGCAGAUGGUCGAGCAGGGAGUCAAGUUUCUGGAGAACAUGCAGGACGAGUUUGACUUCCGCUUUAAAACACUGCAGUCCAAAGACCCCGCCGAACGCAACAAUGAGCAAGCCAGGCUGGAGGUGGUCCGACUUCAGGACAUGCUGAACUUGCUGGACUUCAAGAGAAAGGAGACGCUCGGGAAGAUUGCAGAACUGAUCAAGGAGAUCGAUGCGGUCAUGAGCACCCAGCUGACCGAGGAGCUGCGGGACUGGAAGAGGCGGCAGCAGAUCGCGUGUAUUGGGGGGCCGCUUCUCACAGGGCUGGACCAGCUGCAGAACUGGUUCACAAUGAUCGCACAGAGCCUCUUCUACAUCAGGCGCCACUUAGACAAGCUGGAGGAGCUCGUCAUGAAGGUGACGUACGACGGCGACCCAAUUCCUCUGCAGAAGCCCGAGCUGGAGGAGCGCGUCAAGUGCCUGAUCUACCAUCUCAUCAAAAGCUCCUUCGUGGUCGAGAGGCAGCCCUGCAUGCCAACCCAUCUUCAGCGGCAGCUGGUCAUCAAAACUGGAGUGUUCUUCACCAUGAAGCUGAGGCUGUUGGUCAAACUGCCAGAAAUCAACUACCAGCUGAACGUCAAGACCAUCUUUGACAAGGACCUUCCCGCUGGCAGAGUAAGUCGUCAGUUCUUCAUCCAGGGGACCAGCAUCAAGGCGAUGGACUUGGAGGACUCAUCCAAUGGCUGCUUGUCCGUCGAAUUCCGACACCUGCAGCUGAAAGAACGCAAGCUGUGCAACGGGUCCAAGGGAAACGAGGUCCCGGUGACGGUCACAGAGGAGCUCCACUCCUUCAGCUUCGAGGCCCAGCUGUGUCUUCAGGGCUUGACCGUAGACCUGGAGACCUGCUCCUUGCCCAUAGUGGUCAUCUCCAACGUGAGCCAGCUGCCCGGAGGCUGGGCCUCCGUCAUUUGGUACAACCUGUUGACUGAUGACCCUAAGAAUUUGUCCUUCUUUAGCAGUCCACCGGCCGCCAGCUGGUCACAACUGUCUGAGGUGCUGAGCUGGCAGUUUUCUUCCUUCGUGGGACGAGGCCUCAAUGCGGAGCAGUUGGCAAUGUUGGCAGAGAAGCUCUUGGGCCAGCAAGCCGCGUUCAGUGAUUGCCAGUUUUCUUGGGCUAAGUUCUUCAAGGAGAACAUCCCGGGCAAACCGUUCAGCUUCUGGCUGUGGCUUGACUCCAUCCUGGAACUGAUCAAGAAGCACCUACUGCCACUCUGGAUCGAUGGGUACAUCAUGGGCUUUGUCAGUAAGGAGAUGGAGCGGGCGCUGCUGAAGGACAAGGAGCCAGGCACGUUCCUGCUGCGAUUCAGUGAGAGCCACUUGGGUGGCAUCACAUUCACCUGGGUGGACCACUCUGAGAAUGGAGAGGUCAAGUUUCACUCAGUUGAGCCGUACACUAAGAGCCGCCUGGCAGCGCUGCCCUUUGCCAACAUCCUUCGCGACUACAAAGUCAUCGUGGACGGGAAUGUUCCCGAAAACCCCCUGAAAUUGCUGUACCCGGGCAUUGCCAAGGAUGAGGCCUUUGGGAAGCACUACAACAGCCAGCCAUGUAAAGACUCCCAGUACAUCUCUUCUGUCUUCAUUCCUGUCUCUCAGUUCACCAAUGUGUCUGCGGCACCCUUCUCAUCGCUGGACUUGCUGCCCAUGUCGCCAGGAGAGUUUGAUGUGCUCAAGAAGCAGCUGAGCCCAGUGGAGUUUGAGACGGCGAUGAACUCCCCCUGCUAUGCUGAGUAAGCCCGCCAAUGCCAGCGACCCUUGCUAAGGAGAGGCAGAGCCACUUGGAACAGCCCGAUGUGCCAGCCUGGUGUGGGGUUGUUGAGCUGAUGAGCGAGUGCCCAACUGACUGCACUUCCUCAUGAGGCUUCUGCUGCCAACUGACAAAGGUGCCAUGUCCUUUACAGCUCUUGAGUGAUGCCAGUCUGACCAUUUAGGGUCACCAGACAGGACAUGGGCACAGGGCAGGACACUUCCUCAAGCCCGGAGCUAACAAUGUCCAAGUGCCUUGAGAUGGUGUUCACCAUGAAAGGCGCUAUAUACACCAUAUGUUUCUAUAUAUAUAUAUAUAUAUAUAUAUAUACUGUAUACACAUCUAAAGGUGCUUGGCUGUAAAUAUUCAUUCCACUGUUUAUGUGUACGAUAAACCUUUAAGAUGAA